AUGUACCUUAUUUCUGAUCUUGUUCUUCACUCGCAGGUGAAGGUUUGGUUCCAGAACCGUAGAACAAAGCAGAAGAAGGACCAGGGGAAGGACUCAGAGUUGAGGUCGGUGGUUUCAGAGACGGCUGCCACCUGUAGUGUGCUCAGACUUCUGGAACAAGGUCGCCUUCUGUCACCUCCUGGUUUGCCUGGAUUAAUUCCUGCUUGUGCCACAGGUGCUUUAAGGGCCCCAAGCAGUUCUGACCAUGGGGCCCCAUCCCACCAUAAUGUUACCAGCACACCGCCUCACCAGUCUGGACUCCAUACCUCCCCCACUGGACACAGCAUCUUCAGCAUGCCAGUGCCAUCUCUACUGGGUUCAGUAGCCAACCGGUUGACAUCUAACCCCCUUACAAUGGCAGGAAACCUCCAGGAACUUUCGGCACGAUACCUCAGCUCCUCAGCCUUCGAGCCCUACUCCAGGAGCUCCUCCAAAGAGGUUCUAGAGAAAAAGUCUCUGGACUGA